UAUACCAAUAUGCACUGUUAUUUUAAUAUUAUUUUUAAUUAAUAACCACUUUACUAUAAUUUGCACACACCUGAUUCGAACAGUUUUUGAUUACAGAGUGCGAAGAUCCUUUAUAAUUUUUUUUAUAUAAAUUUAACCUCUACAAGUGUUAAAUGUGGUUUUUUGAGAAGUUUAUCGUCAAGCUACGACGAGGUUAAAUAUCGUGGGAACAUUAUAAGAUUUUAUUACGCGACAUAUUAUUGUACAACAAACAAAUAUGAGCGAGACGUCUGAAACGCAGAACAAAGAUAUCGGUUCGGCGGUUAUAACGGAACAAGAACGAGAGUUGGCGCAAAAUGCGCAUUCUGAAUUUCAGAAGGGAGCAUACGUUAGCUGUUUGUCACAUUUAAACAAACUAGAAACUCUCAGGCCCAAAGACUUGAAAGUAAUGCAUAAUAAAGUUGUAGCAGAGUGUUAUAAAAACGACUUGAAGAAAACAGAAUUGUUAAGAAAGAGUCUGAACGCGAUAUGUGGUCAAAUGUCUACGACUGAUAUGACUGAAACUAUAGACGACAUAGAGAAAUGCGUUAUGAGGUAUAAUCAAGCAGUUAUAUUAUACCAUACGAGACAAUAUAGCGCAGCGCUUCAAAUUAUGAACAGAUUAUUCGCUUUUAUAGAACCUAUGGAAGAAUCGCUUGCGCAUAAAGUUUGUCUCCUUCUGAUAGAAUUGCAUAUAGUGACGGAUCAACCGGAAGCAGCGUUGUCCUUAAUUAAUUAUAUAGAAAAUCAGCUCAUAUCUACGGAUAAUUCUAAAAUUACUCCCGUCGAUAAAGAGGGCAUAAUGAAAUCAAUGAAGGAGCAAAAGGAACAGAAAAAAGAGGUAGACGUAGUCACAGAUGCGUUCAAGAUAAAAUUAUUGAAAUGCAAAGCUAGAAUAUAUCUUAUGAUGCAUCAAUUGAAACUGUGCAAAAGGGAAUGGAAAACGCUAGUUUCCUUGGGUACACCCGUAAAUAUAUCAACUGUAUUUUUAAAAGCCAACCUCGAAUAUUUAAGAGGAAAUUACAAAAAAGCUAUCAAGCUACUGAACUCUGUAACGUCAGAGAAUUUAGAUUUCAAAACGUGUGGAGAGUCUCCCGCUGUUUUGUAUUACAACAAUAUGGCGUGUUUACAUCUUUCGAUGGGUAAACCGAAUUUAGCUUGCUUUUAUUUACGAAAAGCUUUACACGAAAACAAAUGUACAUUAGAAAGCGUGCAGGCCAAAGACAGCGAUCCUCUGUCAUCGCAACCAUUAUAUACACUCAGUGGGAAUAGGCAUUACGAAUUAAUGUAUAGUUUGGGUGUGUCGUUAUUGCACGCAGGCCAAGCAACGGCUGCCUUCGAUUGUUUCAUGGAAGCUGCUCAAAAGCUUCAUAAUAAUCCGAAACUUUGGCUGAGGAUCGCAGAGUGUUGCGUUUACUGUCACAAACCGACGAACGAAGUCGAUUUUAAUAUUCCAAAACGAAGGAAGGAUUUGGUGCAGAAAGUUAUCGGCUCUGGAAUUUAUAGAAAAAUUAUUCUGGCGUCUUCCCUUUCCAAGGAUACUAAGUAUCAUUCCGAAGGUUUUCCUUCCGCUAUACCACAAGUAACUUUAGAGUUCGCAUCGCUCUGUUUAAAGAAUGCACUAUUUUUAUUACCAAACGAACCGAAUGUUCCAAUCACAACGAUUGCUAGUCCGCAAACAGUACCUUUGUCGCUGACAGCUGGGCAUAAUCUAGGUGCUCAAUACUCAACUUUGAUAUCGCAAGUUACAGCUGUCGAAGCAUUAAACUUGAAAAUCAGUGUUCUAGCCGCAACGGCUUACGUAUGUUUAUGUCUGGGCGAUUAUGUUAUAGCGCUUGAGCAUGCCAAGUCACUAUUAAACAUCAAUAAGUUACCCGGGGCAUACAGAAUGUUGGGAAACCUUUACGCUGCUGAAAGUUUGAUAUUCAUGGAUAAAAUCAGCGAAGCAAUCGAGUAUCUUAAACUAGAAAACAUUCAAGACUUGAAUACUUUCGUACCUAUUCCUGAAACGCAGGAUAAAGAUAAGGAAAAAGUCGAUGAGGUUAUCUCGAAACCCAUAAAAACGUGGUACCCAACAGCCGUUCCUACAGGCAUCGCAGUACUUCACUAUAAUUUAGCUGUGGCUUAUGCAAUUCGCGGUGAACUUGAUAAAUCUGGAGAAAUCUUGAAACAGGUUUGGAUGUCGAAGGGUCCAGAUUGCGAUGUUCCUAUCCACGUAAUAAUGUUAGCGUUAUACAUAGAAUUGCAACUAGGUAAUAUCAAUAAUAUUUCCGUGACAUUUUUUACGCGAUUUUAUUUAUUUUUCGUGUCACAGGUCAUGCAGAUAUCUCGAGGUCGAUAAUAAAGCAACAUUGCCCGCAGUACCGUUGACGAUUAAUUUACGAAGAGGUUAUGAUCGAAAUGAACGAAUUUAUGUAAAUUUUUUUCGU